GCCGGGAGCCGCCGCCGCGCUGCGGGACGCGGCCCGAGGGCAGGCGGCCCGAGGAGCCACGGCCUCGGCGCGGGGCUGGGAUCGUGUGUCCCCCCCCACUCCGCCGCCGCCCCGGAGGCCCGAGUGGAAGUGGGGCGUCGGGGGCCGCCGGGGCGUGUGGCGAGUCCUGCCGGGGGCGAGCGGACGAGAGUAGGGCCCGUCUGGGAGGAGGCGGGGCGCCGGCCGGCUUUGCGCUAGGCCCGGGCAGGCAGCGGAGCAGCUCCUCGUCCCUGGGCGGUGCGGAAAUCCUGUUGGUUGGUAGGUCGGUCAGAUGUGGGGGGAAAUUGAUGCUUAGCCCUAAUAAGGGAUUAAAAGAUGUUUCAUGAAGCUGCGCGUUGGCUCCUUGAACGAAGGGGCCGUUCCCGGGCCGUGCCCGACGUGUGCGAGGGGUCAGGCUGGUGAGGCCGAGCUGCUGAGGAAUGGAAGGGACGGAGAGCAGAAGCGGCACAUCCUCCUCGGCCGUUGCUGACUGGAGUUUGGUGUUUUGGACUCUGUGCUCUGUGAUCCUGCCGGUGCUGAUCACCCUGUGGUGCAGCUUCCAGCGGUCCCGGCGGCAGGUGUUGAUCCGAGACAUCUUUCGCAAGAGCAAGCAUGACUGGCACUACACGGACCUCUUCGGGCAGCCCUCCUACUGCUGCGUGUGCGCCCAGCACAUCCUUCAGGGUGCUUUCUGCAACUGCUGCGGACUGCGUGUCAGCGAAGGAUGCCUCAAGAAGGCUGACCAGCUUUUUCUCUGCAAGGAGAUUAUGAUGAGGAGCGGUGGGGGAGCCCACAGCUCUAUGCCACACCACUGGAUCAGAGGCAACGUCCCACUCUGCAGCUGCUGUAUGAUAUGCAAACAACAGUGCGGCACACAGCCCAAGCUCUGCGACUACAGAUGUGUGUGGUGUCAGCACACUGUGCAUGAUGACUGCAUGGUGGAUUGUUUAAAGACUGAGGAGUGUACAUUGGGAGAAUUCAGAGAUUUAAUUAUUCCACCAUACUAUUUGUCUACAAUCAACCAGAUGAGGAAAGAUAAAAGAACCAGUUAUGAAAAGGUAGUACCUUACUGCAGGAAGCACUGGAUGCCAGUGAUUGUACUGGCUAAUACUCGUAGUGGAAACAACAUGGGUGAAACUUUGCUAGGAGAGUUUAAAAUUCUACUGAACCCCGUUCAGGUUUUUGAUCUAAGCAAAAUUACACCUACUAAAGCUCUCCAACUUUGUACCUUGCUGCCUUGCAACGCUGUCAGGGUUCUUGUCUGUGGUGGGGAUGGCACAGUAGGCUGGGUCCUGGAUGCAAUUGAUGAAAUGAAGAUAAAGGGGCAAGAACGUUUUAUUCCACAAGUUGCAAUUUUACCUCUGGGAACAGGCAAUGACCUGUCUAACACUCUGGGCUGGGGUGCAGGUUAUGCUGGAGAGGUCCCUGUAGAACAAAUCUUAAGAAAUGUCAUGGAGGCAGAUGGAAUCAAACUAGACAGGUGGAAGGUUCAAGUAACAAACAAAGGAUACUACAACUUGAGGAAACCAAAGGUAUUCACAAUGAACAACUACUUUUCUAUAGGACCUGAUGCUCUCAUGGCUCUAAAUUUUCAUGCUCAUCGUGAGAAGACUCCUUCUCUGUUUUCCAGCAGAAUUAUUAAUAAGGCUGUUUAUUUUUUUUAUGGAACCAAAGACUGCUUAGUACAAGAAUGUAAAGAUCUUAACAAAAAGAUUGAGCUAGAAUUGGAUGGUGAGAGAAUCGAGUUGCCCAAUUUGGAAGGCAUCAUUGUCCUGAAUAUUGGAUACUGGGGAGGUGGCUGCAGGCUCUGGGAAGGCAUGGGUGAUGAGCCUUACCCCUUGGCAAGACAUGAUGAUGGACUCCUGGAAGUUGUUGGUGUUCAUGGUUCUUUCCACUGUGCGCAGAUUCAGGUGAAACUAGCAAAUCCUGUUCGCCUAGGGCAAGCACAUACAGUGAGGCUGAUCCUGAAGAGUUCAAAGAUGCCGAUGCAGGUGGAUGGAGAGCCGUGGGCCCAGGGGCCCUGCACUGUUACCAUAACUCAUAAGACACACGCACUGAUGUUGUAUCACUCGGGUGAGCAAACAGAUGACGAUGCUUCAAGCAUGUCUGAGCAAGACCAUGUGAGAGAGCAGACAGAUGAAGAUGUAUAGGUGGUGUGGCACUCAACGUGAUGAACUUCAGCUCAUUAAAAACCCCGGGAACGUCUCAUCUAGAUUAAGGUUUAUGCCAUAAGGUUCAUACUUGUGAAGGAAGUAGACCUGAGGAAAAAGCCAUGCUUUUGUGUUCAUGAAAACCUUCACAGCUGAAUUACCAUGACUGUUUUGCCUUUUAGAUUUGUGGUGAUGCCCAGCCUUUGUAGCUGGAGGAGUUAGUUACUGUAAUGGCAGGAAAGAGACAGAUAUGGCAGCUCUUCCUUGCUGUGGAAUCGGAUCUUCUGCACAUACACAGUGCAAAAUGUUUCAUACCCUUGGCAAAGAGAACAGCUGGGAGUUUGGCCUGCUGCUACCUGCCCUCUUCCCCAGCACAGUUCCAGAGCAGAAAACCAGACCACGUAGGAUGUGGGCUGAUUUUCUGACAACAGCCUGCUCCUGGCUGCCAUCCCUUCUUGGGAGCAAGACAAAUACUUUCCUGUGCACAUUAUACCUAACAGGCUUGACUGAGAAAGAGGAGGAUCUGGGAACUCUUGAAUGGUGGUUAGCAAGAAAGAUACUUUUGGACCAAAGGUUCUGGAAAUGUUCUAUUACCUAAUGACCUUUUUCAGUGGCUUUUAUAAGCCCUAGAUAGAGUACUUCUGAGGGCCUGAAUACCCAAGGUACAACUUCAAAACCAUUGUAUCAUGACUUGCACUGAGUGAUCCUGUGACUGACUCCACUUCAGUUCAGUGAGAGACUAAUUCUAGUUUUGGAAAAUAGCAACAUCAUAGUUCUUGAGGAAGCUUUUUUGAGGAAAACUUGGACAAAGAAUCUUUCCUUUAAGCUGUUUAGAGGAAGGUUUCAAAGAAGUAGUGAUAUCUGGCAAAUGUGGAGUUUUUGAAGUCUUGUUAAAGAUCUUGCUUCAUAAUUACCCAAAAAUGAUCAACAGUCAGUCUGUUAACCGCUUCCACUUGAAGUGUAAAGGUUGAAAGCUAAGUUUGCAGAGGUUAGCAAGCUGUGGUAUUCAGGUGUAUCAUUUGAUUAUGGGAAAAACAAGGAAGCAUUUGUUUUCUGACUGGCUUUUAGGAGAUCAGAGAUACUUUAUUGAACCUUAAACUUCAUUUCUCAUAUGAAUAUAGGGCAUGAGAAAGAAGCAACAGUACCUGGAAUCUGUUAGUUUGGCAUAUAUGAAGCUUCUCAGGUUAAAGCCUUCUCAGGUGAAAACAUCUUUGUGGUUAACAGAAGGAAAAAUCUGCUUCCCUUUUUCUUUUCUGUUGUAGGUAUUUUAAGCCUGCAGCAGCUGAGAGCUAUGACUUGAGAUUUAAACUUUGUCAUUAAGUAGUCCAGUAAAGUCCAGUUGAGUUUCUGAAGGUGAUUUUCCAAGUCGAAAGAGAAUCUAUGGUGCAUGUAUACUGCACAAGCCAUGAUCAUAAGAGAGCUUUGGUCUGAACUUUGAAUGUUGCUGCUUUUGCCAGAACUCUCUCAAUCUCUCUUCUUAUUUUCUUCGUGCUAACUGAAGGUGAUUCCAUUGGGUAAAAUAAAAUAUGUUGCUGGGUUUUGUAAAAUGAAACUUUUUCAACAAUCUGUAAAGUGAUGUUUGCAUUAAUGGUGAAUGAACUAUUUAUAUUUUAACAUAAUUUAUUGACACCUUGGCAAAGACAGUAUUUUUAAAGCCUUUGACUGUAGUCCUCUUUGGAGAGCAUUUUUAACUUGAUGGUAUUUGUUGUAGAAAGUGUAUGUACUAGAUCUUAAGUACUACUGACUGACUGUGAAUUUAUUGCUGUCUGAAAAUGUGAUCAGAGUGUAGUGAACUAUAAAGCAGAAGCCAUUUGUAAAUUCCAUAUUCAUUAGCCUUAUACACCUCAUCUUUAUUGUAUGUAAAUAUAGAGAAGAAAAUAAUAGUUAAAUCUAUGUUAAAAGUGUUUAAAAUAGCCAUGUAACAUAUAUACCAUGUUACAUAAAUCCACUACCCUUUCUUAUUUUAGUUAGGGGAUUCAAUUUGUAUUGGCUUCAGAAAUCUUACUGAUUAAGUUAUUUCUUUUAAUAACUUGUAGCCAUCAACAUCCUAAAAAUAAUGAUGUUCCAUGCCAUGGUUCUUGCAUAAGUACUGUUUACAAACAAGUGACAAGGCUGUGGGAUAGCAGGGUAUGUGCUAUGCAAGGCAAUAUUUUCUCAAGAGAAGAGACACCACUAAGCUGUUCAUAAUACAGUUUAAAGAGUUACCUGAACUCAAAUGUUUUCUUAUAGCCUAAGAACCUUUAACUGUUCAAAACCUUCACUCUCUGAACUCCUGUGAUCUAUGACAAGACUUGGAAAGUCUCCCUUUUUUCCAGCCUGAGCCGGCUUCUCCAGGUGUGCAUGGGCACCCGUGAUGUUGUGCAGGCACGUCCUCUCACUGCUCCCUCCUCCUGAAAUCCUCUCUGGGAAAUGGAAAUGCAUCAUUCCUUUUGGAGAAACAAAGCAGAAUUAGCAGUGAAGUUAGCAUCUAAAUGGGCACUUGUUUGGGAGAACCCCUGUAAAAAGGUGUUGCUGGUAUUGGACAGAUCAUCCCCUUCUUGCAGGUGUCAGUGAAGAAGUUUGUGUUUCACAGAGGGGCUGUCGGUGACAGCAGCAAAUGAAGCCAUUGUAAGUGUGGGGAAGCCUCUUGGAAAACUGUAUUUAUGGUAUGGAGAGUGUUCUGUGAGGUUGAAGUGUCCAGCUCCCAAUGAGACACAGAGUCACCCUUCUGUUGUAACUGCAGCUGUCAUAUGCAUGGCCAAAAAAAAAUGUUUUUAAACACAGAGUGUUAGCACUAGAAUCUGUUGGGAAGUCUUGCUGUUGCCAGCCUGCUGUCGCUGGGUUUCAGUGGUAUCCUUAUUUCCAGUAUGUUGCAAAUUGAGUUAAAGCCUGUUUUGAGUUACUUUUCUGGAACUGUUUGAAGUUUUAGUCCAACUGUGGAUAGUGAAAUAGCAGCAGUUGGCACCCAGAUUCCAAAGCUAUUGUAAAUGAGCUUUUCUAAUUUGUCAUUAAGCUGCAGCUGCUUAAUAUUGUCGUGUGUGUUGUGAUUGUAGAACUGUUACGUGCUUUUUGAUCGUUGUAAGUGCCCGAAGCACCAGCACAAAUAGCUACUCUAGCUCUUCUGAAAGCAGAUUGGAAUCACUGCAGUACCUUCUCUGUCCAGGAGAGGGAACUCUGCAGAGGGUCUCGGGUGUGUCCUGCACUGAAGGAUUUUGCUUUGCCCAGUUGUUAUUAACAUUGGCAAAAUGAUGAAAGCAAAGUUUCAAAAAAGACAAAAAAUUAAUGGUUUCUUCUAGCAGCCUUCAUACAGGACAUACCUUUGUGUAAAAUGUUCAGGGUGAGUAACCACAGCAGUCGUCAAGCACUCAAAAGUGAAUUCACAAAGGUUAUUUCUAAGUUGUAUUGCUGCAUACAGAAGUUUAACUGAAGUUUGGUCAGAUUCUUGGUCUGAUCACACUUUUUACUGUAGGGCCUGUGACAUGCAAUACAAAAAAACUUCAGCCUGCAUGGUGAGCCCCUGUGUGAGUCAGGCAGCUUCACACCCUGCUCAGGCUCGCUGGUUCACACACACACUGGGACGAUGCUUAGGUGUAUUUUCAUGUGCAUAGAACUUCCCGUGGGCUGGAUGUUACCUUGUGUUUUCACAAUCCCUAUCAGGGUUAAACUGUUUCAAAUGCCACCUGCACUUUGGAUCUUUAUGAGUGUUUUAAAAAGAUGUCUGAAGUCCAAACUCACAUUUUCUGCCACCAGAACCAGCUGAGGUGAAUGGCAUUUGCUGAUGUGUUGUUCCCGGUGUGUAGAGCAGCUUAGGGUAGUAUUUAGAACAUGCUUUUAACAGCACUUUGCAAUUAUUGCAGUUAUUAAUGAAUAUAAUCCUGUGGGAUGUUUAAAUUUGAGCAUUUUUCUAAGCUGGCUCUAUUAGGAAUUGCAUUUCACCAUCAUCAUCAUGUAAAUCCUACAGCAUGGUUUAUGCAUUUGAUACUCAUGUACUCACUUUUGGUGUUGCCCCUUUAUAGGUUUAUUUUUCCAGAUCUUGCUUUCACUGGGCACUAAGUAACCUGAAACACAAUUUCCUUCUGUAGAACUUCAGCAGAUACAGCUUGAGAAUUUGUUCCCCCACAGAUUUUGUCUUGCUAAUGUUUACAGCUGCUCACUAAGUACUUCCUCCCCGCAGACAUUUAAUGAUGUAUUUUAUGCUGGCGCACUUUCAGCUAAAAAUGAUGCUUGGGACUGUAUCCAAAGCUCUGCUGAAAUCAGGGUAAUGAGCUGCUCUUCCCUCUACUUUAUCCUUCACACCAGCUAGCUUGUCAGAAAAGAAAAUGGGAAUGGCUUCAUACAGCUUGCUCUUAGGCCAGGAACCCACCUGUUUGGCUCUUGCAGUCACCAUCACCACACCUGGAAGAUCUCAGAAAGGACUCCAACAGUUCCUAGCCCCCCUGACCUAUUUUAAAAGUACAGUUGUUGCUCUUUGCUGCUGGGGAGGAACCUCCUCAUUUUCCACAGGUUCUGAGAACCAAUAGAUAAAGGUUCUGGUUUCAGUUUGGCCAGUUCCUUCUCGUUCUGCAUUAUGUUGCACUGAAGCUCACAGCUUUUGUAGUGGAUGUUGUGGUAUCUCACUGGUUAAAAAAAACCCUUAAAGCACUGUACCUUAGCUGUGAACAGCAUAAUGGUAUCAAUGUUAUAAUAGCUGCUCUUUUUUACUUGGCAACAAGUGCUUCUUGGUAGAGCACCACUGUAACUGUAUAGUUAAUCUAUAGUAAGAGUAGGACACUUGGUAAUCAUGGCAUGUGUUCUAACUGAACAUCCUUUUUUGUUCUGCAGUUCAUACCAGCUACUAGCAGUUUUCUUCCUUUUGGACAUGAAAAUAGAUUUGACCCUUCAGUUAGAUAUAAACUAGGGUAUCUUCAGAUUUCAAAUUGCUGGUGCAUAUCUGAUCCUGUUGAAUGGGAACCACUUAAAAAUGCUUUGACUUUUUUUCUGAGAAAUGAUAGCUGCUUCUUGAACACAGGAGUGAGACAAGAGACAACUUGUGCAUUUAGCAAUUAAGUAUAUUGAGAGAAUUUACAUCUUUGCUGUUUCAACUUGAUUUAGGCCACAGUUCUAAAAGCAUGGCAUGACCAAAAGUUCACGCUGAACACCCACAUCAGUUGUUGGGCAUCUCAGGGAGAGACUUGUAGCUGGAGUAAAGCCACAUGCCUUGACUAAACCUCUUGAUAUUGUGUGGACUUAUAUUAGCUGAGGAUCCAGCCCUUAACUGUUCAAAAGUAUGAAUGUAUCCAAAUGUUUGUUUCUCAUUAGUGCUGUAUACCCUUAUUGCUGUACAUCAUUCAUGUCUUUGCAUUGUUUCAUUUGCAACUUGUUUGCAGAGUUCAGCAUAGAAAUUAUUUUAAAAGUGGGAACUUGCAUUGUGAGUUUAUUGCAUUCUGUAUCUUCAAAGUUUACAUCCUUCAAAAGCCAUUUUGUCUGCUACCAACUGUUGGAAUCCUUAGAGUACCUCCAGCCAUCUUCUCUUUGUAGGGUUUUUAUAGUUACACAGAAUGGACUUUUAUUUUUGUAGCUUGUACCUUCAACAUGUACAGUAGUUAUUUCUGUUUAGUAAUUAGUGAUCAGUAUACUGUAAAAAUGUUACUUUUAAGAGCUGUCACUUUGAAUUAGUAAUAACUACUUUCAAGGAAGUAUCAGCAUGUGAACAGUUUAAAAAACCCAGUUGUUUUUUGUCUUGGAACUACUGUGAUGCUGUGACAUGGGAUUCGUAUUCAAUGUGUUGAUGCAUAUAUUCUGAAGUUGCACUAAAUGGGGGGAAAAAAUGAGCUUAAAAUGCAGGUAGUAGUUCAAAAAGUAGACUUUAUCAUGUCUUGGGUUGUUUUCAACUGAGAAAGGUGACAUUUGUGAUUCAGUGUUUCUUGAUGUUCACACAAGUUCCCAUUUGAGUGCUUGGGCCAGAUUCAGUCUGGAGGAAGCUGCAGCUUCAGUGAAGUCACAGAUCUGCCCUGUUCUGUGGUAUGACUCCACACUGACACAAGAGAAACUGAAGAAAACCUUUGUCUUCAGUCACAGAAUUGCAGAAUUUUAAGGGUUGGAAGGGACCUCAAAAGAUCUAGUCCAAUCCCCCUGCCAGACUAGGGCUAUCUAGAGUAGGUCACAGUCAGUUGUAGCACAGUCUGUCUCUUGUCACUUAAGCUCCCACAAGGUUCUUUUGAGAAACUGCUCCAUAUUAUUCAUAGAAGUCUGUAAAUGCAGAUUUUUUUCACAGCACUGAUUCUGCUACUGAGUUUCCUAAUGCAUCUUUUUGUUGUCUUGUUACUUGUACUGUGUUUCUCUGUAGAUUAAAGUGGGUGGAUUAAAGUAUUUAAACUCUU